UGUUCAUGGACUAGGCUACAUCAGACUACAACUCGAUAAGGACAUCUGCAUCGCGUUUGACACAGGCAGAUAUGGACGUUGUUUUGGCUUCAGUGGACCCAUAUACUGACAGCUGGAACAGUUCGUGGCAAAGAAACUGGACUGAUGACGAAGAGUAUUACGAUGACGACGACUACGAAGACCCGAUUGAGCUGAAGAAGUCCCUGAACAUCAUGUCACUCGUCGUCUACUCCCUGGCAUUUGUCUUGGGCGUGCUGGGCAAUGGCCUGGUGAUCUGGGUGACUGGAUUUAAAAUGAAGAAGACUGUCAACACCAUCUGGUUCCUGAACCUGGCCGUGGCCGACUUCUUAUUCACUGCAUUUCUUCCCCUGAGCGUGGCCUAUACAGCCAUGGAUUUCCACUGGCCCUUUGGCAGGUUCAUGUGCAAAGUCAACAGCACCCUGACCACGUUGAACAUGUUUGCCAGUGUCUACAUCCUCGUCGUGAUCAGUGUGGACCGCUGCAUUUCUGUGGUGAAGCCAAUCUGGGCACAGAACCACCGAAGCGUGCAAAGAGCGUCGGCAGUGAGCCUCGUCGUCUGGUUCCUGGCUCUGGUUCUUAGCUCACCCUACUUCGUGUUCCGGGACGUCGCUCCAAGAGAGAACAACAGCAAGGUCAUCAACUGCUUCAACAACUUCGCCUUCUCCGAUGACUUGGUCUCCCCUGAUAUUGUGGCACUGAGGUCGCUGCGCCACUGUGCCAUGAUUAUAACCCGGGUCAUACUUGGCUUCAUAGUGCCAUUUGCCAUCAUUGUUUCCUGCUACGCUGUCAUCAUUCAUCGCCUCAGGAUGAACCGCUCGAUGUCGGGACGCACUGGGCGACCCUUCAGGAUCAUUGCAGCUGUUGUCACUGCCUUUUUUCUAUGCUGGGCACCAUUUCACAUUAUGUCGAUCAUUGAGAUGGUUAAUCACAUGAGGUCAGAGGCAGAUUUCAGUCUAACUCUGCACCAUGUCACAAUGAUUGGCAUUCCAAUCACCACCAGCCUGGCCUUCCUCAACAGCUGUCUCAACCCCUUGCUGUAUGUCUUCAUGGGUCAGGAUUUCAAGGACAAGGUGCGCAAGUCCAUCCUGAAGGUAUUGGAGACGGCGUUCACAGAGGAAGUGUCUCGCACCAACACGUACACCAAUUCAAUGCUCACCAGCCGCAGCAAGGAGAAGUCAUUUUCUGAUGCAGAGGUGUGAGAAUGUUUUUCAGACACACAUUCUGUGUCACUUCUCAAGAACAACCACUUUGGGCCAACUACCACAAACACAGGCAGCAAACACAGUGCUGCAGUGUGAUGUGUGAUGUGUGCUUUGGUUAAAAAGCGUCAGCCAAAUGUAAUGUAAUGUAAUAUAAUGUGUGAGCUUGAGCUGUCAAUGACAUCGCAACUGUUCAUCUGUUCUGUACGUUGAGAUUAUGAACCCCCAUGCAAUUGCCUGAUAGGAAGAAGGAGUUGCAAAUGAUAUGGAAUGCUACUAUAGAUUCAUGAACCAUCUUUAUGCUAAGACAUUUGAUAUAUUGUAGGUGCAUCUCAAAUAUGUGUAUGCUUUCGAAUGAAUAUAUAAACGACACGCAGUUGCGUUCACAAUUAUUUUUUACUGUGUGUGAUCCUGUCAAGGCGUACAGGAAUUUUAAGAAACAGCAACCUGGGUAAUUGCACUGAACCUACAAACCUGGGACAGAAUAUUCCGCUUAAGGUAGGUUUUGGAGAGCUUCCAUGACUUACUCAGCAUACCUUCUAAUGUGGUUAACUCAGAAAACAUGUUUCCUUCACUAAAUCGCCCCUAGGUCACAGACUGUGCAACCACAAGGAGACAAUUGGCUAGUUAAUUGUGUUGAGAGAACAAAAAUUGAAUGCAGUAAAUCAAAGCUAUAUUUAGAUUGGAUCAUAUGGAAUGUGGACCUGAGUAUGCGAUUUCAUGCCAGCCUAUAGAGUUUGACAAGCUGCAGCAUGAAAAUGAACUCAGCUCCCAGUCAGUGUUGUUGACAAAUAGGCUACAUGAAAAGGGCUGAAACAGAGAAAAAAGUCUGUGAAGUGUAUAGUAUUGGGGAACAUUGUUUAAUUCAUUUUAUUGCUUUGACAACUACGAUCACACCUGUAUAUUUAUAUUUAAGUGAAGUAUACAAUUAAAGGCAUGCAAUUAUCCUUGCAUUUUUGCCAUUGGGCCAAAAACAUGUGAAUGGUUUAAGGGGCCCAAGACUCAAAUUGUACCAGAUGAUGAACUGACUAUAGGCCUACAUGCAUUACUGCGUUGCAGGUUAGUCAGUGUUGUCAAAUUGUAGUCUACAAAGGUAUAUGCUAUUCUCUAGCAUUGUAUAUAGAUGAAUGGGAGUCAUUUUUAGUGUAUCAGUUUUCCGUUUUUUUUUCAUUUUCAUUUAUGAAGUGAAGUGUUUUGUAUGUGUUUAUUUAUGGACAACUGUUUAUGUUUUUGACAUGGCACUACAUAAAUGAAGAUCAGUUAUUAAUUGCCAGGUACUGUUCCUCUUGUAUUAGAAAAUGUGCAGCUCUACAGUGGCCCACAGGGUGUCAGUAAACACAUUUCUAUGUGUCAACCAUUAAGUCAUGCAGCUAUAUGACCCUUAUGGUGCCACUCAAGCCAUCUCGAUUAUAGAUCUUGCUUUGAGACUGAAUGUUUUAUGUAAAAGAAUUUACAUGUAUAGAGAUGCAUUGUGAUUUUUAAGGGUUGUGCAUGACAUUCAUAGAUUCAUUGUCAUUUAUUAAACAUGCUGUAUUGAAGAUAAUAAAGACUAAC